AUUGCACUUUUAAGAGAACGAGUACACACGUUAGUAGUUUUAAAAUGUCAGGCGGUGAAUUGCGUUUUGACGGUCGUGUCGCAGUUAUUACCGGUGCAGGAGCAGGACUGGGUCGGGAAUAUGCUUUAUUACUUGCAUCGCGCGGUGCUAAAGUUGUCGUCAAUGACUUAGGUGGGGGUGUAAAAGGAGAAGGCUCUUCACAGCGAUCAGCAGACAUCGUAGUCGCUGAAAUUAAAGCAUUAGGUGGCGUGAGCGUACCAGAUUACAACUCUGUAAUUGACGGCUCAAAAAUCAUUGAGACUGCAAUUAAUAAUUUUGGUCGUGUGGACAUUUUAAUAAAUAAUGCAGGUAUAUUACGCGAUCGCAGCAUUGUCAAAAUGACUGAAGAAGAUUGGAAACUAGUACAAGAUGUUCACUUAAAAGGAAGUUUUAAAUGUACUCAAGCUGCUUUUCCAUAUAUGAGGAAACAGAACUACGGACGCAUAAUUAUGACAUCCUCAACGUCUGGUAUUUUUGGUAAUUUUGGCCAAACAAAUUACGCAGCUGCCAAAAUGGGCCUUGUAGGCUUAGCCAACACAGUAGCUAUAGAGGGACAAAAAUAUAAUAUUUUAUGCAACGUUAUAAUACCAACAGCAGCGAGCCGGAUGACUGAAGGUAUUUUGCCUGAUUUACUUUUUAAGGAAUUAAAACCACAAUUGAUUGCACCGGUAGUCGUUUUUAUGUGUCACGAAACUUAUACUGAAAAUGGAUCCUACAUACAAAGUGCAGCCGGUUGGGCUACUAAAUGGCAUAUGGUGACUGGAAAAGGUACAAUUUUACGAUCUUCAAUAGAACAACAAAAUAUAACUCCAGAACAUGUAAAAAUGGAAUGGGCUAAAGUCGUUGAUAUGUCUGAAGCAAAACAUUUAAAUCAUACGCAAUCUACUGGUAAAUUGGUUAAUGUCUUGGAAAAAUUACAAAAUAAUAAUAUUGAUGUUCAGGAGGAUACUUUCAAGUUUGGUGCUAAGGAUUUAAUAUUAUAUGCUUUGGGCAUAGGCGCUAGUGUGAAGAACAGCAACGAUUUAAAGUUUCUGUAUGAAAAUCAUUACGAAUUUGCACCUAUUCCAACAUUUUUUAUUUCGCCAUGUCUUAUUGCUGUUACGAAAUUAAAUAUAGCGGAAAAAUUAUCGAUGAUAAGUAAAACUCACUAUAAAAUGCGUUUACACGGUGAGCAAUAUUUAGAAAUUUGUGACAAUUUACCCACAUCUGGAACUUUAACCACUACAUGUAAAAUAAUCGAUGUCAUGGAUAAGUCUUCUGGCGCUGUUGUAGUACUUGAUUUCGAGACGUUUGAUGAAAAUUCGCGUUUAUUGGUUAAAAACCAAAUGUCAUCGUUUAUUCUUGGUGCUGGCAAUUUUGGUGGUAAAAGACAUGCAGGGACAGGUGUAACUAUGACUGCUAAUCCACCUAAUCGGUUACCUGAUUCUUCAAUGCAAUAUAAAAUUUCAGAUGAUCAAGCUGCUGUUUAUCGUCUUUCAGGAGAUCUAAACCCAUUGCAUAUAGAUCCAAAAUUUGCUGCAGAUAACGGAUUCAAACAGCCUAUCUUGCAUGGGUUGAGCACUUUAGGUUUUUCUGUACGUGCAGUUUUAGCGAAAUAUGCUAACAACAAUCCAACUUUCUUUAAAGCUGUAAAGGUUAGAUUUUCUGCACCAGUCAUUCCCGGUCAAACACUUAAAGUUGAUAUGUGGAAGGAAGGAAGAAGAAUUCAUUUCCAUACUUCUGUUCUUGAAACUGGAGCCAACGUUAUUACCGGUGCAUACGUCGAUUUAAAGAAUAUUGAAGCGAAAAUGUAAAUGAAGAUACAGUUUUAUAUAGACAUUAUUCUUGUUAGAAACUAUUGAGAGAAAGUGGUAAAUCGCGAACAUAAUGACUCUAUCAUUUAUAUAUAUAAUAUAAUAUAUAAUAUUUUUUAUAUUAGCAUAUAA